AUUUUUCACUUCGUAUUCUUUGCUAUCAGAACUCUGCAAGUUUUUUUUUUUGGCAAGGCCUCUCCAAAUUCUAAAAAACUCGAAGAUCACUUUCUUCGCUCGCAAUUCUAAGAGCAUUCUUUCUUGCGUUUCUUUCUAUAAGUCAUAAAUCUUUUUUUUUCAUCCCAUGUCAGCCGCCGCAGAAAAUGCAACUCCUCUUGCAAGCACAACAAACAUGGAGGCAGAUCCAUCAUCUCCCUUUUAUCUGCAUCAUUCCGAUGGUCCAGGCACUACACUUGUGACACAACUAAUGAUAGGGAACAAUUAUCCCACAUGGAGCCGUGCAAUUACUAUGGCUUUUGAAGCAAAAAACAAACUUGGAUUUGUUGAUGGAACAAUUCCAGAACCAAGCGCUACAUCAGCAACAUAUACUAUCUGGAAACGUUGCAAUAGCAUGGUUCUUUCGUGGCUUCUAAAUGCUGUCACCAAGGAGAUAGCCAAUAGUGUAGUCUUUAUGAAGACAGCUCGAGCAGUUUGGCUUGAUUUGAAGGAACGGUACUCACAACAUAAUGCCCCACGUGUUUUCGAAAUUCAAAGGUCCAUUAUGAAUCAUAUGCAGAGAAAUGAUUCAGUCACAACAUAUCACACCACGUUGAAGAGUUUAUGGGAUGAGUUGUCUAUCUACAACACUUAUCCUAUGUGCACUUGUGGGACUAUGUCUGCAAUCAUUCAACUGGAAGAACAGGGGCGUCUAAUGCAAUUUCUCAUGGGACUUAAUGAAUCUUACAGCAACUUGAGGAGCCAAAUCCUGGUAAUGAGUCCUUUACCUACUGUUACAAAAGCACUAUCUUUGGUUUUACAGGAUGAGAGGCAGCGCUCCAUUCAAGUACUUUCUCAACCACCUUACCCAGAGCAGUCUGCCAUGGUUGCAAGUAAUGUGCAGAGGUCUUAUUCUGGCUAUCGACAGAGUCAGUCUUUCAAAAAUAAGGGUACCAGACCUUUCUAUCAUUGUGAUUUUUGUGGGAUGGAUGGUCACUCUGAGUCUCGUUGUCGUAAAAAGCCAAGCAAUUCUAAUUAUCCACAAAGGCGUGAGACUAGGGAGUUUCACUCUCAGCAGUCACGAUUGCAGAAUAGACCUAUGGCUGCAGCUGUCGAUCAUGAGGCAUUACGUUCAGACUGUGACCAACCUUUCACUCAGGAACAAAUUGAACAGCUUCUUUCCCUUAUUCAACCAAAUAUCACAAAUUCUUCUAAUUCUAAUCCAUUAGUCAACAUGGCAGGACCUGUUAACGAAGAAGGUGAUUGGUUUGGCGAAGGAGCAUGAUGGUCUUUACUACCUAGACACCACCAACAACAAUUCACCAAAUAUUUCUCUUUCUGCAGCUACUUCACCCUUAGACGUUUGGCAUUGUAGGCUUGGGCAUCCUGGUUGUAGUACUUAUUCUCAAUUUUCUAAUUUGGAUAAGAAGAUUACCUUUUUCAAUAAUUGUCCUUGUAAUGU